AUGUUUAUUUGUGCAUGCCAGGAUUUUAGCGCACUAUACACAAUCGGGUUUACUAAUGUCCACGGUCAUGUCUGGGAAAGGGCGUCCAAGUCGGCGAAUGAUUCAUCAGUGGUCCACGGUGAGGCAAAACGCCGUCUACAAGUCCUCCUUGGAGCGUUCCUUGAGGUUGGCUUCUUGUCAAAGGUCGAGGGAGCAGAGAGCGAGUGCCCAAUGCCCGUGAGCUCGGCUUCCAGCUCUGGCGAGAAGAGAAAUGCGGAUGACGGCCACCCGGAGGCUCCUUCUGCUCUGCGUCAGGAAAGGCCCGACACGGGCCGCAACAGUGCUGUGCUCUCUGAUGACAAGGCCGGGGACCCGUGCGAGUUCUUCGACACUAUACAAGAAGAUACCAUUGAGCCCGUCAUAUCAGAAGUUCAGCCCGAGCAGCCACCAGGUGUUGAGGACGACUACCCGGUGGCCCCCACUGGAGUCGACAACGGCUAUGGAAUUCAAAUUGGCGACUUCAACGGCGUAGUACCUUUAGUUCAACCGGGGCACCCUGAGGUGGGGGAGGGCAGCAAUGGAGUACCAAACUUUCUGGACCUGGACGAGACCGAGAGCAGUAGUCAUACAAUCAAGGACCCAAACCACGGUGCUUUGAAGCGCCUCGAGAACUUGAUGGACUCUGACAGCAACGACUAUCCGACGCGCUCCGACGACAGUGCUAUGCAGAAUCCGGUGUUCGUGGAAUACCAGACGCUCGUCGGACGUCCCAACGGCGGAGAUUCGGUGGUCUCCAGAGACCCGAUGUUCGUUGGAGGCAACAACGGCGGAUACCCGCCGGCCGCGGAGAACCCCGGGCCCGGUUUCGUCCGAGGCGUCGUAGGCGACAACAGCGUAUAUUCUGUCGGGUCGGCUGCCAAAAUUCUUGAAGAAGCCUGCCCGAUGUUCGCCGAAGACGGCCACAGGUAUUUAGAUGACAUCAACAUGGAGGAGCCUCUUAUCGACAUAGACUUUCCGCAGUCCCCGUUUGCCUCUUAA